AUGUUUGCUGUGGCUAGUUGCUGCGCGGCGAGGCGGGUGCGAGUGUGUGUGUGUGUUGGUAGGUGCGCGGGCGCGGAGACUUCCCGAGAUGAAGAUGAGCAAGCGCGCGGCGCGCCGCCGGGGCCCGGCCCCGGCCCCCGGCCCUGCCCCCGCGCCGCCCCGGCGCCGCCCCCGGCGCCGCCCCCGGCGGCCGCCCGCAAGGAGCUCAAGCGGCCGCUGCCUCCCGCCCACAAGGUGCGCCCGCGCAGCGAGCCUUUUUCUCGCGACCUGACUUGCCACUCAUUCAAAAGUUUAAUACAAAUGUACGAAAAUGACUUGCGAACGCAGCGAUUGCGGUAUUCGUGGGGUCUGUGUUUGUCCCUUUGCUUGCUUCGUUGCUGCUCCACGGGAGGCCGGUGGACGAGCGGCAGGCGCGUGUUGCAGGCGUGCGCGCGCGCGCGUGCGCCGGGGCGCGUGGGCGCGGGGGCCGUGGGCUGCGUGUGGCAGCCGCCGGGCGCCGGGGAGCGCGUGCGCCGCCGCCAGUGGCCCGCCCGGGGCAUGCACGAGCGCCCCGAGUGGCCGCGCGCCGGCGCCGCGCGCUCGCCCUCGCCCUCGCACAGCCCCGCCUCGCCCCAGCCGCAGCCGCAGCCGCAGCCGCAGCCACAGGUACUGGCGGACCUUCUGCUUCACUAUGCGCUGCACGUGACAAUCAACUGGGUCCGGGGCGCCACUUCGCUCCUCUUUCCAUUCUCCAUUUUGAGUAACCGUACUGCCAUUGCUUCGUUUCUUAUGUCUUACUUAAGCAUAAGCACGGAAGCUGGCAAGCUUUCAAUUUACAUAUGCGGAUUAUGUUCAUGUGCAUAUGAAGAAGAGACAGUACAGAAUAGCACUUAUGGGGAGAUACGUUUUUAUACCCGAACGCGCGCGUCGGCUGCUGCGCAGGCGAGUGUUGUGACGGCGAAGGUGUGUGCGCGGCGCGCGGGCGGCCGGCCCGGCCCCGCCGCCCUCGCCCUGCGCCGCAGCAUGCAGGUGGCUCUGCACGCGGCGCUGGCCUACGGCGCUGAGGUGCUGCAAGAUAUGAAAGAAGAAAUUGAAUCGUGCAAUCAGUUAAAUUCACCACCCAGUGGCAAGAAUCUAUUUAUUCCACAUGCUCUUGACCAGUAUUACAUUAACCAGACUGAUCAUUUUCAUGAUAUAAAUUCAUUGUCACAGAACUUAGAUUCUUCUCACAACAGUGAUGGCAUUUCUCUUUGUUCAGUACAAAUGAGUGACAAAGAAACGUCAUCAGAACCACUGGAUCUCUCAGAGGAAAGCAAUGAAAGCGAUUCAUGUGAGGCAAAAGACGAUCCUCCUGUUUCGGCAGAAAUUAAUUACUCGUGUGGUAUUGCUACGGAAAAUGGAGAAACUUCAUUUUCAGUGAAAGUUGAUGACGGAACUAAUUUCAAGAAUAAUUUCCCGGAAAGCAAAUCAAAAGAGAAUUCUUAUUUACAACCCACAAAGCCUCUCUUAGAUGAAGCAAACACCUCCCCAUGGUCCUUGCACUGUAAGUCGCCUUUGAAAUCAAUUGAUCAUAAUAAAGGACAAAGGGUGUCAUUUGAAUCCAGAAAACUAGACAAGGAAGAUGAUAACGAUGGCAAAAAUAUAUUCUUAGUAACUGGCCAUUUUGAUGAAAGUAAUACAUUUUGCAUUACUUCGUCCACUGAAUACAAGAACUCAGAAGAAGGAGAAGAAGAAGCUCUAACAUCCCACAUCUCUGUUGACAAACAUAUACAAUUAUCUGCUGAAGAUGUUCCAGAUUACACAUUUUCUUCUCCUCACGAACUUUUAAGAAGUACUACAAAUAAUAUUCCCAAUUGGAAGAAAAAUAAUGUUGUGAAUUUUCCCCCAAACCAGUCAAAGUCAUCUAAACUUUUGAAGAGAGAUAACACUGUUAUGAAUGCUGCCACUAUUGACCUGCCGAGGACAAGAGGCUCCAACAGACAAGAAGAAGCACGUGAAGCAGCAACGCAAUUAGCAGAAAAUCCUUUCACUCCACCUACGCCGACCUCCUCACUUCCAAUUUUUGUGAAAAGUAUACCCAAGAGAGAAACCACAGAAAUAAAUACAAAAGUAAUAAUUGUUCCUGUAUCUCAGGAAAAUUCUUCAACCACUUCGAAAUGCCAAAUAGAAGAAUCAAGUUCAAGUUCCAAAAUGUCGCCUGACAAACAGAUUUUGAUUAGAGAUAAAAAUAUAUUUGUGAAAUCAAACUUCUCUUUGAAUCAACCAAGAAAAAGUUCCCUAUCAAAUGUUACUGAUACUUUUUCAUGUGCUGAAUCACAAAAAACCUGCACCCAAAGUUCUCAGGGUUGUUUCAGUGAUUCUUCAGAAUUUGAGGACAAUACUAUUUCUACCCAUAUGGAAACGUCAUCUGGUAUGACAUAUAUAACUCUCCCGAGAGAAAUUUUAAGUCAUUCUGAACAAAAUUCAGGCUCAAGUUCUGAGAACAGUAAAAAAAGAAAGUUACCAUGUACUACCUUGCUGCUUGAAGAAUCUGAUAACUUGCUUCAUAUUUUCUCAGUAAGGAAUUCUGAAGACAAUUUUCCAGAAAAGUUGAACAAUUCAGGACCAUGUUCUAAAGGAAAUGACCUUGUAAAUUGUACUCCAACUAAAAAUUUAGAUCUUUCUUCCCAUGAAAAAGAAAUUUCAACGCCCCAAAGAUCUGAAAAGUCUGAGAAUUGUCUCAGUGAAUCUAGUAUAGACAACAGUGAAAACCUUGUGGACGAACAUGAAAACACUGAUAAUACUAACAUCGAAUUUCAGGCCUCUAAAUAUCCCACGUUUGGGAGUUCCACCUUGCAUGUAGAGCACUCUUUAGGGACAAGCAGCAGCUCUGGAACUGAUGAUAAUAUGCUGGAUAAUAAUAAUGAAAAUCAAGAUAAAAGAGUUUCCAAUGUUGUUGAUUCUCUAUUGCCAUUUAUUCUGCAGAGAGCAAUACACUACUGUAUGAUUUGUGAUGUGGCACCAGAAGAUCUUCUCACAUACCUCAAUUCUCUGCCUCCAGCUUCCAUUCCUGAUUGGUUAGAAUAA